UAAAAUCAAUCCCCAACCCCAAAAUCUGAAGCCUUUUCCUUCUCUCUCUCUCAAAUUCUCCCCCAAAAUCCCCAAUCCUCUCUCUCUCUAUUUUUCCUCCAUUAAAUUCUAGAAAUUUCUUAGGUAUGCCUGCUUGGUGGGGAAGGAAGUCAAGCAAGACCAAAGCGGACCCGCCGGAGAAGUCACUCAACCCUUACAGCAACCGCUACGCCGUCACCGCCGCCGUCAAGUCGCCGCCGAUCAAGACCAAUAGAGACAGGAGCUUCGAUGAGCCGACGCCGCGUGGCUCGCCGAGAGUCAGUAAGGAUUUGGGGACGGUUAUAAACGGGUCGUCGUCCGGCUUCUCGGGUUUCGAUUCCGAUGGCGGCGGCUCCAAGGGACAUCCGCUGCCGCGGCCGUCGGUGUCGUCGCCGCAGGGAGUGGGAAAUGAUCAGGGGAUUGGGUUGGGAUCUGCGACGGGAUCGGUUUCCAGUGGGACUUCGUCGGUGUCGUCCUCCGAUGAGCAGCCAAUUGUGCACGACCCCAGUCAAUUUGGGGCUUUCAGAGUUAAUGCUGAACCCAAGUUCAGCAUGAUGCCGAGGAGUCCAGGUCCAGGGUCUAGGGGGCCGACUAGCCCAACAUCUCCUCUUCAUGCACGGUUGGGGGGCAUGAGUUUGGAGUCUCCAACAGGGAAGCUAGAUGAUGGGAAGAGUGUAUGUCAUCCACUUCCUCUCCCUCCAGGUUCUCCUACCAGCCCUUCUUCCUUGCCCAACAAUAGAACUAGUGGAAUCACUGAAAGCAUAGCUUCUGCCCUAUCAAAGUGGAAGAAGGGAAGGCUUCUUGGAAGGGGGACUUUUGGUCAUGUUUAUGUCGGAUUUAACAGUGAAAGUGGGCAAAUGUGUGCAAUUAAAGAAGUCAGGCUUGUUGAAGAUCAGUCAUUAAAAGAAUGUCUUAAGCAACUGAACCAGGAAAUAAAUUUGCUAAGUCAGCUCUCACAUCCAAACAUUGUUCGAUAUCACGGAAGUGAAUUGGGUGACGAGGCACUUUCAGUUUAUUUGGAGUAUGUCUCUGGUGGCUCAAUUCAUAAAUUGCUUCAAGAAUAUGGUGCCUUUAAGGAACCUGUCAUUCAAAAUUACACCAGACAGAUAUUAUCUGGUCUUGCCUACUUACAUGGCAGAAAUACAGUUCAUAGGGACAUUAAAGGUGCAAACAUAUUAGUGGACCCUAAUGGUGAAAUCAAGUUGGCAGACUUUGGCAUGGCUAAACAUAUUACAAAUGUUGCUUCGAUGCUGUCAUUCAAAGGAAGUCCUUACUGGAUGGCCCCUGAGGUUGUCAUGAAUACAAAUGGCUAUAAUCUCGCAGUGGAUAUAUGGAGCUUGGGAUGUACUAUUCUUGAAAUGGCGACUUCAAAACCUCCAUGGAGCCAGUAUGAAGGGGUGGCUGCAAUAUUUAAGAUUGGAAACAGCAAAGAUAUGCCAGAUAUUCCUGAUUAUCUUUCCCAUGAUGCAAAGAAUUUUGUGAGGCUGUGCUUGCAACGUAACCCAUCUGACCGUCCUACUGCUUCUAAACUGCUAGACCACCCUUUCAUUAGAGAGCAAAUGACAACAAGAAGUUCGAACAUCAAGCUAACCAAGGAUGCCUUCCCAUACGCCUUUGAUGGAAGCAGGACUCCGCCAAUACUAGAACUGCAUUCAAACAGAACGAGCACCUUGUGUGAUGCAGAUCAUACAACAAAACCUGCAGUAACAAGUUCAAGGGCUAUAUGGAGCCCCAGAGAGAAUGCGAGGAUGAUUACAUCUUUGCCCGUAUCUCCUUGUUCUAGCCCUUUACGACAAUAUGGACCGGCACACAAGAGCUGUUUUCUUUCUCCUCCUCACCCAACUUAUGCCUUGAUGGGACAGAGUAGUUACAAUUUGAAUGAGUAUUCAUCAUAUACAACAAGACCAAACACAUCAUACACUCUCGAACCUUGGCGGGAAUCACCUAUGCUUAGACCCCAAACACCGAGUGGAUCACCAAGAACAAGACCCAUUUGAAUGUACAUACCAUGAAGACAAAACGUUUUCCACUGUCUCCCCACAAUGCUUGAUGAACUGGAGUCAAUACUAAUUUUAGAAGGAAAUCUCUUUCAUGCUCCCCAUUUAGCGAUUUUGUUUGUAUAUGCUACAUUCCCUAGGAGCUACAGGAUUGUUAUGUAAGGGAAAGAUGGGAGAGAUGCUGGAGGAGGCAUGGGGAUAUGCUGGAUUAACAAAUCCAGCAACCGACAUAUAUAUCAUCCUCAUUGUUGUAAAAUGUAAAUGGAAGCUGGUCUAGUUUGUAACAUUUAUGUCUUAUAUUGAUGUUAAUGAUAAAAGAUACUGCAUACCAGCGGUUAAUUGUUAGACACAUGAAA